AUGGGAAUUCCAACCCCCCCAAAUCAUGAGUAUAUAUUCAUACACCUGGGAGUUAAAUCGCGACAACGCACAGAUUAUUUUGCAUUUCUUUCAUUUUCUUUAACAACGAUUUUUCCUUCUUCACUGGAGUCUUCUUCUCAUCCUCAUCCGCUUACUCUUCAAACUAUCAAUCCUAAGGUCUUGAAAUGUGAAUAUGCUGUUCGUGGAGCGAUUGUCACCCAAGCUGAGAGGUUGCAAGAACAAUUGAAGCAACAACCUAGGUCUCUCCCCUUUGAUGAGAUUCUUUACUGUAAUAUAGGAAAUCCUCAAUCUCUAGGGCAGCAGCCGAUAACAUUUUUCCGAGAGGUUCUUGCUUUGUGUGAUCACCCAAACGUUUUAGAUAGAAGUGAAACACAAGGACUCUUUAGUGCUGAUUCAAUUGAGAGAGCUUGGCAGAUUUUGGAUCAAAGACCAGGAAGAGCUACUGUGAGACAUUUGAAACAAAUAGAAAACCGAUCUCCUUGCAUCACACGUUCCAACUUAUUGCUUGAUACUAUCUAUAACGAGGGAAAGCCUUCGGGGCUGAGGGGUUACCCAAGACUUGGUAUCAAAUCUGACAGACGCUAUUGCUCUUGGGUAUUAAGGGACUGUGUGAAACCAUUGCUGCGGGAAUUGAAGCAAGAGAUGCUGCAUAUGAUGAUGCAAUUAUUGCUGAGGUUAGAGCAAGAUGGAAUUCUUUGCCCCAUUCCACAAUAUCCGUUGUAUUCUGCUUCAAUUGCCCUCCAUGGUGGAACUUUGCAUCUACAGGUUCCUUACUAUCUUGAUGAAGCAACUGGGUGGGGUUUGGAGAUUUCUGAACUAAAGAAUCAAUUAGAAACUGCCAGAUCAAAGGGCAUAACAGUCCGAGCCCUAGUCGUGAUAAACCCUGGCAACCCAACUGGACAGGGUCUUGCUGAGAAAAACCAACAGCAAAUUGUUGAAUUUUGCAAGAAAGAAGGUCUUGUUUACCAAGAAAAUGUGUACGUUCCUGAUAAGAAAUUUUAUUCAUUUAAGAAGAUUGCACAUUCUUUAGGGUACCAAGAGAAGGUUGUCACUUUGUUUCCAACUCUUCUAAUUUUACUUCUAGGAUAUUACGGAGAAUGUGGGAAAAAAGGAGGUUACAUAGAAGUUACAGGCUUUAGUGCUGACAUUAGGGAACAAAUUUACAAAGUUGCUUCUGUCAAUUUGUGUUCUAAUAUAACCGGUCAAAUUCUCGCUAGAUUUGUAAUGAACCCUCCAAAGACACUAGAAGAUGCAUUCAACGGGUUAGAAGGCGUAACGUGCAACAAAGCAGAGGGAGCCAUGUACCUAUUCCCACGGAUCAAUCUUCCGCACAAGGUGAUAAAAGCCGCUGAAGCUGAGCACAUUGCCCCUGAUGCAUUCUAUGCCCGCCGUCUGCUCGAUGAGACCGGAAUUGUUGUUCCUGGAUCUGGUUUUAGUCAGGUUCCGGGAACUUGGCACUUCAGAUGUACAAUUCUUCCCCAGGAGGACAAAAUCCUAGCAAUUGUUGAUCGUUUAACUUCAUACCAUAAGAAGUUCAUUGAUGAGAUUUUGUUUGAUAUAUUUAGUGUAUUUUUACUAAUUUGAAAAUAAUAUUGAGUAAGGUGAAUGGCUAUAGGAACCGGUAUAUUGGUUCAUAUAAUGUUUGUGAUUUCGAUUGGCGUUUGCAAUCAAAGGUUA